AUGGAAAUACAUAACCUGAGCCAUAGUUUGGCCAGGGAACUUGACAUCAAAACAUUGGGACAGCUCAAAUAUUUUUUGGAGAUCAAAGUGGCUCCCUAUUUUAGAGGUAUUUUUAUCUCUCAAUGUAAGUACCUAACAGAUUUGUUGAAGGAUACAGUGAAAUCUGUGUGUUGACUAGCUAAUACACCUAUUGAUCCUAAUCAUAAAUUAUGCUUAGUAGAGGAAGAAACUUCUGUUGACCAUCAGACGUAUCAACGUUUCAUUGGUCAAUUACUUUCUAUGACACACACUCAACCAGAUAUCUCAUAUGCAGUAGGUAUAUUAAGUCAAUUCAUGCAUCAGCCAAAAGAAUCUUAUCUACAUGCAGCUUAUCAAGUAUUACAUUACUUGAAUGACACAUCUGGUAGAGAAGUCCUCUUCAAAUGAAGUGGGAAGGUAGAAAUUGAAAUGUUUACGAACGUUGACUACACAAGGUCAAUGAUUGAUCAAAGAUCAAUUUCUGGACAUCUCAUAUUUAUUGGACGCAACAUUGUUACACAGAGAAGUAAAAAACAGAAGGUGGCUGCUUGUUCAAGUGCUGAAGCUAAAUUCAGGGCAUUUGCCCAAGAUGUAUGCGAGUUACUUUGGAUGAAAAAUUUACUUGAUGAGCUAAAAAUCUCUCUUACUAAUCCUAUGAAGCACUAUUAUGAAAAUAAGUCAGCAAUUAAUAUUGUACAAAAUUUGGUACAACACGAUCAUAGCAAACAUGUGAAAGUUGGUCAUCAUUUCAUCAUAGAAAAGUUGAAGGCAAAUCUGAUUUGUAUGUCAUACAUCUCGACACACAAUCAACUACUGGAUAUGCUUACUAAAAGCAUCUCAGGCACUCAACUACAAAAGAUUAUUCCCAAGUUGAGAAUAGAUAA